CAGUUGGAGUCUGUCAGUCAGUCAUUGCACGAUGAGCUUGAAUGUCCCAGGAUUAAUAGUGAUGGUGCUCUUCUACCUGCUGGUGCUGGGCACCGGCAUCUGGGCCUCCAUGAAGUCCAGGCGGCUGCAGAAGAGCAUGCAGGCGGACCGGACAGAGAUCACCCUGCUGGGCAACAGAGGGAUUAGCAUGGUGGUGGGAGUCUUCACCAUGACAGCUACAUUUGUUGGAGGGGGCUUCAUCGUUGGUAUGACAGAGGCAGUGUACACUCCAACCAUGGGUCUGACCUGGGCUGUCAUACCGGUAACAGCAGCCCUGUCUUUCAUUGUUGGUGGACUUUUCUUCGCCAAGACGAUGAGAGACAAAAAAUAUGUGACAAUGAUGGACCCGUUCAAGAUCAAGUAUGGAAAUGCAAUAAGUGGAGUUCUGUCUGUGGCACUACUGAUAUCUGAUAUAAUCUGGGUUACAGGAACUCUAAUUGGUUUAGGUGCAACAAUGAGUGUGAUCCUGGAUUUGCCCUAUACUGUUUGCAUUUGGCUCUCUGCCGCAGUAGCCAUCAUCUACACACUUCUGGGAGGCCUCUACUCUGUAGCCUACACCGACAUCAUACAGCUAACCCUCAUAUUCUUCAGUUUGUGGUUAUGUGUCCCCUUCAUCCUUAUGAAUGCCCAUUCAACUGACAUCACCAAGACUGCUUUCAACUUCACCUACCAGGCCCCCUGGAUUGGUUCAGUGGAUAAAGAAAGAGCGUGGAGUUUCAGGGUCAUGCUGGCUCACUGUCACCCUGUCAUGUCUUACUGGGACUUGAGUAGAACACAGCCAUUGGCUUUUGGUAACCUUGGAUAUCAGGACUUCCACCAGAGGACCCUGUCAGCUGCCUCGUCAGCCACAGCCAGGAUCACCUGCUUUAUUGCAGCUCCCCUCAUCCUCAUACUCGGAAUCCCAUCCAUGCUGAUUGGAGCAGUCGCAGCAUCAACAGACUGGAACACGACUGUGUAUGGCUCCCCGUCCCCAUACGAGCGUGGAGAGGCCGGUCUGGUUCUGCCCAUUGCUCUGCAGCACCUCACACCACACUACAUCUCCAUCAUCGGUAUUGGAGCUAUAGCUGCUGCCGUGAUGUCAUCAACGGACUCUGCUUUAUUGUCAGCCGCCUCCAUCUUCACAUCCAACAUCUAUAAGAACAUCCUCAGGACCGAGGCAUCAGAGGGGGAGCUCCAGUGGGUAAUCCGUGCCACUGUGGUGUUGGUGGGCUUGGCUGGUACAGUGCUCACCUUCCUACACAACAGCAUUAUGGUUUUCUGGAUCCUGGGCUCAGGCAUAACCUACACCAUCAUGUUCCCUCAACUCGUCUGCGUCCUCUUCUUUAACAUCUCCAAUGGCUACGGCUCCGUCAUGGGCUUGCUAGUAGGAGUAUUAUUGAGACUGCUGAGCGGCGAGCCAUCUAUAGGGUUGCCUGUUGUUCUCCACUUUCCAGAUUGCACUCUUGAGGAUGGCAUAUAUGUCCAGCACUCUCCUGUUCAGACGAUCUGCAUGUUGUCCAACAUGUUUGCCACUUUGUUGUUCUCCUCCCUGGCGUCACUGCUCUUCAAUAAAGGACUGAUUCCUGAGAGGUGGGACGUAUUUAAAGUGAAAACUCACAAACCAACCCAGAACCUAAUGCUAAUGAGCAAUGGUACCACAAAAACAGACGAGGAGGAGAAAACUGAAGAUCAGAAUGAGACUGAAUUAAUGUUUACUACAAAUCAGUAGGAUUGAAAGAAAAACGGUUUAAUGGGAUGCUUACAUGUUUUGUAUGGUGAUAUUUUAUCACGUCUCUAUUUUUAUACCAAAUACUUUUCUCUUUGUAAAAUUAUAUAGGAUGGUGUAAGAAUUCAUCUCUUGCAACAAGUGCAUGUGUUGUGAAUGUAUAAUACUUGCUUUGGCAAUGGUAGUCCUGUACUUAGGUACAAUUUUGAAGUACUUGUUCUUUACUUGAGUAUUUCUAUUUUCUGUUACUUCUACUCCUCUAUACUUCAGAGGGCGAUAUUGUACUUUUUA